GGUUGCUAUGGGUCGUUCUAAUAUAAACAGGGGAGUCAUUAACUACAUUGUCUCAACAUGGAUAGGUUAGAAAAAAUAAUUCGACCUGUAUUCAACUUAGAAUUGGAUUAUAAGAUCGUUCCAGGACUUGUAACUAUAGGAAAGUACGACGGUACACAUCCAUGCGUUACAGCUGGUACUGUCACUGAUAAGGUUUUGAUUCAUAGUCCUCAUAAGAGGAACCCUUCAACAGUAGGUAGGAUUCUCAGUUUAGAGUCAAAUAAAGAAAUAUCUCUACUUAACAUCAACCAAAAAGUGGGAUGUCUCACGGUUGGAAUGAUCGUUCCAGACGAUGAGAAAGAUAUUUUAAUUGUGGGAACUAGUAGUCAUAUUUUGGCUUACCACGUGCACGACAACAAAGACGUGUUCUACAGGGAAUGUCCAGAUGGAGUCCAAUCAAUCGCGGUAGGCACUUUCAAAGACAGCAAAUCCCCAGUAGUCAUGGUAGGAGGCACCUCAACGAUCCAUGGUUUCGACCAUAUGGGCAACGAAAUCUUUUGGACACCCGUUGGGGAUAUUGUAACAUCGGUGCUUUUUAUGGACUACGAUAAGGAUGGCACCAAUGAACUUGUAGUGAGUUCCGGUAACUUUAACAUUACUGUAUUCAAAGGUGAUCAACGCAUUGCAGAACAUGUGGAAACCGAAGUUGUGACCCACCUUAUAGCUUUACCCGAAAACAGAUUUGCUUACUCCGUCAUGAAUGGGACUGUAGGUGUGUACGAGCAAGAUGCUAGACUUUGGAGAGUCAAGUCAAAACAUGUUGCCACGUCCAUUCACUACUAUGACCUCCUUGGACAACUGAACCCCCAACUGAUAACAGGGUGGUCAAAUGGAAAGAUUGACUGUAGAUCAGUGAAAAAUGGAGAGGUGCUUUUCAAGGACCAUAUGGGAGCUGGCAUAGCUGGUGUUGUAGAGGGAGACUACAGAUCUGUUGGCAAGAACGAUUUAAUAUGUGUUUCGGCUUCUGGUGAAGUUAGAGGGUUCACUACUACCAAAACGUUGAUAGGAGACGAAAACCGUUCUGAGAAUGAUAUAGUAAUGGAACUGUUAAAUCAAAAACAGUCAUUGUUGAUGGAGUUGAAGCAAUAUGAAUACAACAUGAAGUACAACGAAAAUGCUAUGAAUGAAACUGAAAGUUACGAAAACAGCGGCGUCAUACCUGCUAACACCAGGCUACAAAUAGCUAUAAGUACUAAUAGCGACACGAGAAAUGUGAGUCCUCACGUGGAGGUAUAUGUAGCUACCAACAAUUCUACCAAAAUAAGAUCUGUGACGAUAUUUGCUGAAGGAAUAUUCAAGAGUGAGUCUCAUGUAGUACAUCCACCUGUCUCUGACUUGAGUUCAGAUAUGAUGGUACCACUGUUUCUACCCAAAGAUAAUCCAGUAGACGUUCAUAUUAAGGCAAUGGUAGGUUACCCGAAGAGCAUCCAAUUCCACGUCUUUGAAAUAACGAGACAGCUACCCAGGUUUUCAAUGUACGCCCUGAAAACCAACAAAGACGUCUUAAAAACGGAGUCUUUCGUCCAAUUCAAGAUCAACGAGCGUUUGCAGAGAAUCUGCAUGUGGAUCAAUCAAAAUUUUUUGCUGCCUGACGAUGUCGAAUUCAAUACCGGACCGAAUUUGAUAGUGAAUCUUUUAUGUCUGAGAGAUGCAACAGAUCUGAUGAUGCAGUUCGAGAUUUCCGGGAAAGUUACGUUUUAUACGGCCAACAUUGUGCUCGCGUCGGAUUUGGUGCAGUCACUUUGCUCCUACUUGAAUAUCGACCAUUUGGAGAUUAUCGUGGAGUUCCAGAACUCUGUAUCUAUAUUUCUAUUAAUGGAGUUCAAUAUUUGCUGAUAAAGAUUAAAUGGCUCAUCCAGGUGUGACUCGACAAGUUUCUGGGCGCUGUUAUGGAACUUUUAGAGCCGGGUUGCAGGUUCAGGUGGUUGUGCUAGUUGCUUCCUCUGUCAGGGAAAAUGACGGAGCGUUUCGGAUGUUGGUGUUCAACCCUAUAGCACACGAAUUCCUUCUUCACAAGCAAACUUUCCUCUCCAAGAAACGAAACUAAAGGCUCUUCUUGAAAGAUUGUCGAGUAUACAAGAAGCAAGGUCGAAAUUAGCAACUGAUGUUGCUGAUAGGCUGUCUCAUAUCAAAUUUUUAGUAAUAAAAGCUGAAGAUAGUAGAAUAUUAGCUGAACUAAAGUCUAUGGCUGAACACUACACAGAACUGCAUGCGGUUAACCAAGAAUUGAUCAAUGGUCACAAUGUUCGAUUGCAAAACUAUAACGAAGGCGUGGAAACUAUGAAAGAAAUCAACGGGAUAAUUCAGCAUGGAUCUCGACUUCGCGUUGGUCCAAAUGCUGCAAAUGCCAUCACCCAGAGCAGAAAUUGCAUAAAAACCAACAACGUGGAAGGACUGACGAAAAUAAUGAGGACAGGGGUUUUGUAAAUAAUAAAUCACAUGUAAAAUAAAAGCUUUCUAAAAAUAUAUUACACUCUUAGUUACGA